AUUAAACGGUUCAGGUUGAGGAGGGGCGGUCGAGUCAUCCAAUCGCACGGAAGAGGUGAAAACACAUUAGCCAAUCCAAAUAUGUGGGGGCGGGACCUAAGGUGGGGCGGUGAAAGAAGUUUGCUGACGAAGAUGGCGACUGAGGCACAGAGUGAAGGGGAGGUGCCAGCCCGCGAAUCCGGCCGGAGUGAUGCCAUCUGCAGUUUUGUGAUCUGCAAUGAUUCUUCCCUUCGAGGUCAGCCCAUUAUCUUUAAUCCUGACUUUUUUGUGGAGAAACUCCGACAUGAGAAACCUGAGGUUUUCACUGAGUUGGUGGUCAGCAAUAUCACAAGGCUCAUCGAUUUACCUGGAACUGAGUUGGCUCAGCUGAUGGGGGAAGUGGACCUUAAGUUGCCUGGCGGGGCCGGCCCAGCAUCAGGAUUCUUCCGGUCUCUCAUGUCUCUCAAGCGAAAGGAAAAAGGAGUGAUAUUUGGGUCCCCACUGACGGAGGAAGGCAUUGCCCAGAUAUACCAACUGAUUGAGUAUCUACACAAAAACUUGCGAGUAGAGGGUUUGUUUAGAGUACCGGGUAAUAGUGUCCGACAGCAGAUUUUAAGGGAUGCUCUCAAUAAUGGAACUGACAUUGACUUGGAAUCAGGGGAAUUUCACUCAAAUGAUGUUGCCACUUUGCUGAAGAUGUUUCUAGGAGAGUUGCCGGAGCCUCUGCUGACACAUAAACACUUCAAUGCUCACCUCAAAAUCGCUGAUUUGAUGCAGUUUGAUGAUAAAGGAAACAAGACCAAUAUACCAGACAAGGACCGGCAAAUUGAGGCUCUCCAGUUGCUCUUCCUCAUUCUCCCUCCUCCUAAUCGUAAUUUGCUGAAGUUAUUGCUUGAUCUCCUAUACCAGACAGCAAAGAAACAAGACAAGAACAAGAUGUCAGCCUAUAACCUUGCCCUUAUGUUUGCACCCCAUGUCUUGUGGCCAAAAAACGUCACUGCAAAUGACCUUCAGGAGAAUAUCACAAAGUUAAACAGUGGGAUGGCUUUUAUGAUUAAACACUCCCAGAAACUUUUUAAGGCUCCUGCUUACAUUCGGGAGUGUGCCAGAUUGCACUAUUUGGGAUCCAGAACUCAGGCAUCAAAGGAUGACCUUGACCUCAUAGCUUCAUGUCAUACUAAGUCCUUUCAGCUGGCAAAGUCUCAGAAACGGAACCGGGUAGAUUCCUGCCCUCACCAGGAGGAGACCCAGCACCAUACAGAAGAGGCACUGAGAGAGCUGUUUCAACACGUUCACAAUAUGCCAGAGUCAGCAAAAAAGAAACAACUUAUUAGACAGUUUAAUAAGCAAUCAUUGACCCAGACACCAGGGCGAGAACCUUCUACUUCCCAGGUACAAAAGAGGGCUCGUUCGCGUUCCUUCAGUGGGCUUAUUAAGCGGAAGGUCCUGGGAAAUCAGAUGAUGUCAGAAAAGAAAAAGAAGAACCCUACUCCAGAAUCUGUGGCCAUUGGUGAAUUGAAGGGAACCAGCAAAGAAAAUAGGAACUUAUUAUUUUCUGGCUCUCCAGCUGUCACGAUGACACCAACAAGAUUGAAGUGGUCUGAAGGGAAGAAAGAGGGGAAAAAAGGAUUUCUCUGAAGGAUCCAGAGCUGUCUCCUAUGGUCCAUGCAGAAUUUUCUGUUUAGUGGGCAGGUGUUAUUCCUGCCCACAGCAAAGCUUGGACUUGCAGCUUGCUUGCUGCAUUUUGAAUUGUCAAAGCCAACUAAUACCGUGACCCGACUGAUACCUCUAACCCCACUCACUGGAUGAUGUUUGCAAGCUGUGCCUUCUGAGAGAGUGCUUAGGCCCUGUCUCUCUUUUUUAAUAUUAUGGGGAAACCACUAACUAUCCAACCAGCUUAUACAGCGCAGUAAGAUGGGCUUCAGUGCUCAUUCAAUGUGUUUAGGCAGAUUCCACUUUUGAAAAAAAAUAUGAAAUGUGUGCUCAACUGCCAGUAAUUUUUUAAAAAGCACUGUCCCAGUGGAUUGAUGUUGUUUUUAAUGGAUAUUUUGGGUUUUUCUCUGUUUUGAUAGUAUUGGGUAUUUGGUUGUUUUUGUUUGUUUAUUUCUUUGUUUUAAAAGCCAUGUUUUUGGAUGGGCUCUAAGCUAGAUAUCUUUCCCUCUUUUUCACUUUGAGCUUUGGGAAAACUCUUUAUCUUAUGAGGCUGUAUUCCUCAAUACCUAAUUUGUGUCCAAAGAAUUUAUAGCUUUUCUGGACAUUUUUUAUUAUUUCUUGGGUCUGACAUCAGAGUAUUUGACCUGCAGUAUUGAAAAAGGAGAAUUCAGAAUGAUACAGUAUUUUAACAAAUCUUAAUUAUUAAACUCUUUUCCUUCCUUCCAUUUCUCCCUCCCUUGUCCAUCUCUCUCUCUCUUUCCCUUUCCUCAGUGAUGUGAAAAUAAUUGUGUUUUGCUGAACUUGUUAUCUUCAUUCAAUUUCCUCUUGACUAAAACAUCUGUGGUGCCAACGUAAUACUUCUGAACCAAAUCACUGUGACUCAAGGAAAGUCACUGACAGCAUAAGAGAAGUUUGCUAAAAUAUUUGUAUCUGGGGGAAGCUCUGGAGUGUGCCUAGGAGGGGGCUGGCUGCCUUUAUGUCCCAGGAUGACUCUUUAUGGGUGGGAUUACAUUGCACUCUCUGAGGGUGCAGGCUAGACCGUCUCCUGAGAGGAAGUUAGGAUCAGAAAGAAGAAGCAAGCAGCAGCCUCUGCAGGGCUGACAGGAUUUAAAGGAGAGAAUGUUCUUAUUUGGAAGCAGCUGUGGCUUGUCACCAAUGUUCAAGGAGUGUUACUGUUCCGCCCUCUCCUUGUCAGAAGGGACACAGGUGGUAAUUUGGAGAUGGGGCCGGAGCUUCUGGCUUUUGGAUUUGGCAGAGAGCAGCAUGUAGCAGGGGGGAAUGCUCAGGUUUGUGCCUGGCUCUGUGGAGCUGUACAACCCUUCUCACCCUGUGGGUUGGAGCCGAGUCAGGCCAUUAUGGGGAAGCAGUUGCCCCACAAAAUGUGGUUUGCUGACCUAUUUCUAAACUGUUGAAUAUGCUGCGCCAUUGCUGAAAUGAAAGAUGACUCUGGGGGAGCAGAGCUUGGCCUUGUGCCCAGCUGGCAGCCCUCUCUGCCAGCCUUUCUGCUGCUUUUGCUGCUGUAACAGCAAUAGUGGAGAAAAAUGUAAAAUUUGGUCUUCCAGCUUAAUGCAGUGUGAACAAUAGAUGGUUAGGAAAACAAAACUGCUUAGAAGCCCCUUUCUCUAGAGCAGUUUUAUGUCAUUUUUAAAAACACAUAUUAGCAAAUUCAUUUGCGUAGGUUUCUAUUAAAUAUUUGACUUUUUUUUUCUUAUUAAGAAAAUGAAAUCCCUUACACCAGAUAUCAGUUAAUUCAAACAGAAAACCCUUUUGGUAUCACCAAAUUGAAAUGGUAUUCUUCCUUAGCUCUUCCUUCUUUCCUUUAUUUGUUUAGACGUGCUUCCUCCUGAAGUGGUGCUAUGGUCUGUUAAACAGGGCUGGCAUCAGGUAGAGGGAGCAGAGUGGUGACCUGAUAGCUCCUGUCAUCGUGUUAGUUUUUGAUUCUAUUUAAGGGAAGUAGCUGAGAUUUAGACGGAUGUAGAUGCUCUUUGGGUGAAUGGAAUCAUAAGCAAAGGUUGUGUUCUGGGGUGAGGAUCAUGAGAGAGAUAUUUAUCACAUGCACAUACCUUUAUAUAGCUGGUCUCCUUGGGUGGUUUAUGUGUGUUUUGUUUAUUUAUUGAAUAUGUUUUCCCUUGCUUUAGGGGUUUUAUAGGUCAUUUUUCUUAAUAGAAGCUGUGAUCGACUUAGAAUCCAAAUUUGAGGAGUAAGCAGCAUAACCUUCUACCUUGUAAUAUGUAACUAUUCUAAUCCUGUGGAAUCUUACGGAAAACACAGAGAAAACCCCUUUUAUCAUUUGCCACAGAAGGCUGCUGUCUCCCUUCUGAUUUGGUGGGCAGGUAUUGUUUUUGAGCCAGUAUUUAACAGAGUUUUUUAAUCUAUAAGAUUUUUUUUGAAUCUAUUUCAUUGUGUUUGUUUUUCAUGUUGGAACAAUCUCUCUGGAAGUGCCUUUUCUUGUGGCAGAUUUACAACUUCAUUUCUUUCUGGGGUCACCUGUGAUGGGCUUUGAUGUGGUGUCAAUUUGGGGCCUUGUGUUUGUGCCAGAGGGAUACACAUAUUAAACUGCAGGCCACCUUCCUGGUCCAGACUGUACUGUGUGAACCCCACUGACUAAAUUAGUGAGAACCAUAGGCGUUGGAAUUUCUCACCUUUUACAAUGAUAGACUUUUGCAUUGGGACCAAUGAAUCUGGUGUGAAAAACCCUGCUGUAGUAGUGAAAGAGCAUCAGGAGAUACUGACUGUACCUGAGGGCCAAAAUAGGAGCAGGUAACGAACCAUAAAAAAAGGAGCAGGUAAUGAAUCGUAACCAAAACUACAGUUGAUCCUCCGCAAAGGAAAGCUCUUUACCCAGAAUGUCCUUCCAGAGUCAUUCAGGAAGGACAAGGGAACACCCUUGGGAAAUGGGCUAGUGGAGGGCUGUUGACUGCAGUGACACCUGGGUGCUCCGGAGGUAUCUGUUCUGUUGACCUGUAAGGAAGCAGUUGAUCCUAGAGUGUCAGAACAGAGCCAUUCUCUCCUCCUGAGUAGGAACGUUUCUGUUCAGCUUCCCUCACAGCAGCCUGUGUUAGCAUGCAGUUGAAAAUACUGCCGUCUAGGAGAACCUGUGGUCACUGGGAACGUGCCCCACAGUGACUGGCCAUGCAACCAGGUGAUUUUUAGGAAUAGAUGUCUCUAGACUCUGUCUCCUUUCCUACAAGGCCUCACACAGAUGCUUGAGGCUAAUGGCCCCCAUUCUGAGGUCAUUUUUGUGUAGAACUCCUUUCCCCAGGAGAGAGCCUUAUCUCCGCCCUCCUUUACCCUGAAGGCUUCAAACGGAAGACAGGACCUAGAUCUAAACCUAGAUACUAGCAUUUUGUGGGAUUGUCUAGAAUUUGGGGAAGAUUUGGGUUCCUAAGAUGCACAAGCGUUUUACACCAGUGGUGAUUAACUCAACUAAAACCCACUGUAGGAAGUUAGCUUCCCCAGACAGCUAAUGCCGAGAUCUUCUACCAGCGUAGAGUUGACAGAAGCAGGCCAGCGAGGAGGUGUGGGACAUAAUAGCCUGAGUGCUUGAGUUACCAUGGAGACUGGAGUGUGUGAGGCCACAGCCUGUGCUAAAGAGCCAUGGAGCCCUCCCCUGGCCAUGUCUGGGGACAGAUAGAACCUGUUGGGGGAAAUAUUCCCUCACCCCAGGGUUCUUUCUGCAGAGCAAGGGUUGCCUUUGUCUUAUCCCUGAGCUUGCUCAACAAGAGAAACAAGGUUUCUUAAGUGUUUUGGUUAAAGUUUUCAUUCUUAUUUGACUAUGUGUAUGUAAUUGUAAAGAAACGAUCCUAUGCAUUGUCUUUUAUAUUCUUGUAAUAUUCUGAAAUUAAAAUUGUUUUGUUUCAUA